UAGGUGGCAGUAUGCAGCAAAAGAGAUGUAGUCAGCCAGGAAAUUAAAAAAAGAAAAAGAGUCGCUCUCGCGAGUCGCGAGACUCGAUGAAACUUAGGAAAACGAAACUCAAGCCAACGGAACUCGUCUGGUAGAAGCACGAGCAAAUAGAAGUGGCACGAUGGCCUCAUCGAGAUAAAGCCAACGAUUGCAAAAUUGCCGCGGCUAUCGACAUGAAUCUGGAAUCGGCGGGUCAGCUUCCGAUGAUCGACGUUGAGCUGGAAGACGGGGAAAUCUGCGACGACGACGGUGAGGAGAGCUCCGCCGCCCGGCUGGGGGAGGGGAACGGCAGCAGGCCUGCCGGCGCCGCGGUACCUCCGCGGGGUCCAAGGCCACCCUACAUGGGCCCCUCGCCGCCAGGCUUUCACCACAUGAUGCCCUACGACGUCCACGGACCGUCGAACCACCGGCAACAGUGCGGGCCGAGCGGGCCCGAUCGACCCCACGCUCCUGGUCCCCUCCCGCUGCCGCUACCCCUUCCGCUACCGCCCGGGCCUGGGCCGGGCCCGGGGCCGGGGCUCGCUCCUCUGUGUGGCGGGCCCGGUCCGCGGCCCAGCUUCUGGGAGCGGAGCCACGGCGCUCUGGGGAGGUUCAGGCACCGAAGCGUCUCCAACGGUGGACGAGGGGCCUGGAACCGAGGAGGCUGGACCGACCACAGACCCCCGAUGGCUCGUUACGGGCCAGCAGAGAACAGCAACAGGGAGCCCCCUGGCAGGAAACAGAAGCCACUCGGAAGGAUCCCGGCCAGAAGACCACCACCGAGUAUGGCCAAGUGCGAGGGUGCCGAGUCCUUCGAGGACCUGCUGUCCAAGUAUAAGCAGAUUCAGAUGGAGCUGGAAUGCAUCCGCAAAGAGGAAAGCAUGGCGCUGGAGGCCAAGGUCCAGGAGCCGGAGCCCAAGGGUCAGGAGGCAGCGGCCAAGGUUCAGGGAGCGGAGGAGUGUCCCGCAGAAGGCGUCACGCUUCCCCAGGCUUCCGUGCAGGUUGCGGCAGACACCAAGAAAAGUUUCCAGGCAUUCAACAUCAAACCUCUGCGCGUGAAACUUUUUACGCCUGCCAGUCUGGACACGAGCACAGAGGAGGAGGAGAAGCAGCAGCAGCAGGAGGAGAAAGCCGCGCACAUGCGGGUUGACGCAGAGGCCAAGGUGGCACAGAUGGAAUUGGAGGUCGUGAAGCCGUGCGUGUGUUGCGACGAAGAAGCCAAGGAUGGUGAGAAAACUCCCGGCAGAGAGUCGUCGGCCUCCAGCGAGGACGUCUUCAUCUGCAUCGAUGAGCUGGGCGGUCAGCUGGAGGAGGAGGACCUGUCGGAGUUGCAGCUGCGUUUGCUCGCCCUGCAGUCGGCCAGCAAGAAGUGGCAGCAGAAGGAGCGGCAGGUGAUGAAGAGGAGCAGAGAACCGAUGGCCGCCAGGCCGAGGGUCGACGAAAGGACCAGGACCAGGUCCAGGCCUCAGGACCGGGAGCGAGACAAGGCCAAGCCCGGGAGCAGAGAGCAUUCCAAAGCCUCCCCGAAGCCCGCCGCCAGAACUCCUCCGGACAGAAGCCGGCCCAAGAAGAGCAGCGGCUCAGCUGCAGCCACAAAACAGGCGUUGAGGAAACUCCAGCGGCAGCGGGAUGAAGACGAACGACACAAACGAGAGGAUGAAAUCCGCAAGAUCCGGGACCUGUCCAACCAGGACGAGCAGUACAAGCGCUUCAUGAAGCUGGUGGGGGGCAAGACGCACGGCAGCGCCAAGGCCAGGGACGGCGAGGGCAGGAAGUCCGCCGGCAGGACGGGCACGGACGCCACGGGAAACCUCUACCAGUACGAUAAUUACGAUGAGGUUGCCAUGGACACGGACAGCGAGCCCGGUUCUCCAGCACGUGCCUCUUUCCCCGCUGAAGGCUCCGCUUCGUUCCCCGUGACGCCGCUUUACGCGACGCCUUUCGCCGCCUGCCCCCCUCCCUUGCCGCCGCCUCUCCCUCCUCCGGCCAACGAGCGCGCGCCUCCUCCAAAGCCUCCGUUUGCCGAUGAGGAAGAGGAGGAAGAGAUGCUGCUCAGGGAGACCUGCCUCAUGUCCAUGGCCAACAAGCGGGUGGUGACCGAAGAGCAGGAGCCGUCCUGGAGCGGCCCCCGCUCCCCGAGCGCUGCGCCCCUCGCAGCCACCGAGCAGCCCGGCAGAGGAAACCUGAGCGCCGUCAGCCUCAACACCAUGACGGCGCCGCACGGACACAAGUUUGCCAGAGGAGGAGCUUCGAGAGCACCACUGGUGCUGCCACGCCACAAGUCUGUGGUGGUGUCUCUGAACGGGUCGGAUGACAGCGACUCGGACUUGGACGCGGCGGCCCAGGGCAUGUACGGCGGCCUGGAGUUCAUGAUCAAAGAAGCCCGAAGGACGGCCGAGGUCAACGCCAACAAGUCCAAAGGCGCGGCGGAGACCUCGGAGAAGGAGAACAAUCCGAUGCGGACGCCCGAAGCUUUGCCCGAGGCCAAGAAGGCAGAGUACCGCUGCCUCAGGGAUGAGCUCGCCAGCAGAGAGAAGCAGAAGGCAUCCGGUCAUGACGCUCACUCGGCGACUGCCGCCGCUGCCACGGCCGCCUCGCUGGUCAGUGAAGCUGAGCAGAAGCUGCUGAAGCAAAGAGAGUUGCUGGCACGAGACGAGGCGCUGCUCAAGAGCCUCCUGCAGCAGCAGCUCAAGAAGUCCGAGUCCCUCAAGGCGGCCGAGUCCAAGGUGGCCAGGCUCCGGGAGCAGAUGCAGGCCUCCGAGAAGAUCGUCCUCGCCAACAAAACACUGUUGAAGAAGAUUCAAGAGCAGGUGCGGCGUGUAGAGCACCGCGUGUCGAUCAAGAAGGCGCUGGCUGCUCGCUUGGCGCAGGAACUGCUUUGGACUCAGAAGGCCGCCGGAAGAGAACCCAAACGCAAAGCCGGAGCUGUCCACAAGCCGGCCAGGAAGCUUCAACGAGUGGAUGCCGCCAAUCACAUUGCAGCGCUGAUGGCUCAGAAGCAGCGUCUGCAGCAACUGGAGUCCGAAUACGCUCUGAAGAUCCAGAAGCUGAAGGAGGCCCAGGUCUUGCGCAACAGGGCGGCACCGUCUGAAGCGCCGAGCGAGCAGCGGCCCAAACCUGCUGUGCUCCCCGACCCCAAAGUCUGUCUCCCGGGCUCCCCCGGCCCACCUCAGCCCUCCCUGCACGACCUCACCCAGGACAUACUGGUCCUGGGCAGCGACGACGGCCCAGAGCCCGAGGCCGACGAACCCGUGGCGGGGGAACCGAAAGGGGAUGACCAGGAGACGACUUGCUCGCCUCCCGCGGGGUCCGCUCCCCCUCAGCGUCGCUCCUUCCGCCGCUCCAGCUCCACCAAACCCAACCUGGAGCAGCUGAGUUCCGCUCCUGCUGCCAAAGGCCCCGCCGCCGCCAAUCCCGCCAAGAAUGCGGCGGACGCGGCCACUGACGCGUGCGCUGCCGGUCUGGACUUGGAAGCGCUCAGGAGACGCCACCAGCAGCAGCUCGGGGUGGGAGAGCUCCUCCUGCAGGAACUGGCCAGCCUUGGUGAGCUGCACCACGUGGAGGACCAGGACGCGCAUGUGCACAAAACCGCUAAGGUGCUGGCCGCGGUCACGGACACGAGCAAAGGCGUUGGGUGGCCCGCCAGGCCAGUUCCUUUUGGCCCUUACCGCAGUCCUCUGUUGGUCUUCAAGUCUUACAGGUUCAGCCCGUACUACAGAACCAAGGAGAAGUUGUCCCUGAGCUCGGCUACCUACAGCAACACCAUCCAGCCCAAACGGUGCUUCUGCCGCUUCGACCUGACGGGAACGUGUAACGACGACGACUGUUCAUGGCAGCAUGUGAGAAGCUGCACGCUGACAGGAAGUCUGCUGUUCCAGGAUGUGCUCUCCUACAACUUGUCUCUGAUUGGCUGCUCGGACAGCAGCACGGAUAGCCAAGUCAGCGCCGCCACAGAAAAGUACCUGAGCAAGCUGUUCGGUCCGCACAAAGACGGGAUGGCGGUGGACCAGAAGGCCGUCUUUCUGGUCAGCAAAGUCAACGAGAGCCGUCGUCACGUGCCGCCCUUCACCACUUGGAAGGACAAAAGGAAAUGGAGGCCGUCGGCGCAAAGCGAGCGCCACGAGGACCGCGACGGCGAGGAAAAUGCCGCCCUGGGGGAGCAGACGUGCGGAACAUCGGCAGACGUUGGCGUUUGCUCGUUGGACGCGUGCGUGACGUCUGAGGACAAGCGUUACUUUGUCAGCGACACGGACGACAUCUGCAAGCUGGAGAGCAGCGUGUCGGACAACCCCGAUGACACGCAGCUGUGGAUCAAGCUGGCCUUCAGAUACCUCCACCAAGGCGACACGCCGCCUACCGAGUGCUUGGAGGCAGCCCUGAACACGUUGUCUCGAGCGCUGGAGAGUAACUGCGACGACCCCGAAGUGUGGACGCACUUCCUGACGCUCUUCUCUCGCCGCGGACGCCGCGACGAAGUGGAGGAGAUGUGCCAGAUGGCCGUGGAGCACGCGCCGCACCACCGCGUCUGGUGGAACUAUCUGAGCUUGGCGAGCACGUUUGAGGCGAAAGACUCCGUGUGCGAGCGUCUCAUCGGCUUCCUGCUGGGCGAGGAGUGCGGUGGGGCGUCCGAGGAGCGCUCCUUCCAGCUGUUGGAGGCGCUGCUCUACCGCGUCCACUUGAACGUUUUCCCGGGCCGUAUGGCUGCCGGCCCGGGCAUCUUCCCGCUGUCCGGCCCCACCGAGUCCGGCCCGUCCAGGCUCGUCAGCGCCGAAAGCUUCCUGUUACCGUGGCGCUCAGCCGCCGACAUUAAUAUGCCAGAGGAGCAGCUCAUCUGCCUUUUUACAGACGGCAUCCGUCAGUGCUGUGACGAGUCUCUGGCGCCAAGAGAGAGGACGUUGGGUGCCGCCGCCUCGUGCCUCUGCGCGCUGGCCGAGUGUCCCGACAACGCCGAGGUUUUCUACCACUGCUGCCGGUUUCUCAUGGCUCAGGACAAGUGGAGCGCCGUCACGCCGCUCUUCCAAGGAUUCGUCUCGUCUCUGUGUGAGGAGCCAAGCGCUCACAUGGCGCCCGUCGAUCUCCUGCGGAGUAUCCUGGGCCUCCCCACAGAUGAGGUGCGGGCGUCGGCCGUCGUCAGGAAAGAUCUGCAAGAUCGGCUGCUCCAGCAGCGCUCCUUCCUGCAUCUGCUUCACUGUCGCUGGCAUUGGUUGCGCGGAUCGGUGGGGGACACGCUGGACGCCUUCGAGAGGGCGCUGGGCUCGGCCAUAACAUGCGACGAGCUUCACCGCCUGUGGACUGACUACCUUCAGUUCUGCAGCGCGCACGCGGCCCAGCGUCUGCCCAACUUGAUCCUGCGCUGCCUGGGCACCGUGCCCGCCCGGUUGGAGGUGCCCUUUGACCCCACCCACUUCUGGACAUCUUAUCGCUUCCACAACAAGGUGGUGACGCUCUACCUCAGCUGCGUUGACGCAUCGCAGCAUGCGGCGCUCCUGGAAAGACUGCAUUACAUGAUGCCCGCCAACCUGGCCCUUUCGCUCAGGUUGAUGCAGCACGAGUGUUCAGAGGGAAACAUGGAGCAUGUCCGCUUCCAGGCCAAGAUGCUGACCAACAGCGCCCCCAAAUGUUUGCCGGCAUGGAACGUAGCCAUCGCAGCGGAGGCGGAGCUAAGGCAGCCGGCAGAGGCUCGUCGUACGGUCCAGCAAGCGCUCCAGCAUCUUCCGCUCUGCGCCCAACUCUGGAAACAUGUAAAUCACACACAAGCUAGGCUACAGGCUAACAGGAAGCAGCCGCUCCCAUUAUAUCGAAUGACUCGGGUUCACCUGUCACCCCUCCCCCACCCGCUUGCACCCAACCGCACUCCCGCGCCUUCCUUCUGUGGCGCGUCUCCUAAUUCCUCCCUCGCGUCCCUCAACUUCCUGCUACCCCGCCGCCCCGCCAAUUCAAUAUCUUUCCACUUCCUGCCUCCCCUCCAUCUCAUUCCCGCUUCCCGCCCUCUUCUGUGUCCCCCUUCUUCCCGCUCCCCACAGCUUCUGCAGUGGGAGGCGUGCGUCGGCAGCGCAGGCGCCAUGGAGCGUGCAUGCCGCAUGCUGUCCCGCAGCGAAGAGGCAGGCGUGACAUUAGUCGAGCCAGUCGCCACCGCUCAGACGGACGCCGUCUGAUUGGCGGACGUCGGUUGACGCGUGAGGGCGGCGAUACUUUGAGUCAGAAAGUUGAGAGCAAAAAGCGGCGCCUCCUCCUGGUGUACGUAAGUAUGUCUGCUGAGUGACGUUUGCUUUGUCUCACUUGCUCUCUUUUCCCUGGGGGGGGGGUCCGAAAGACGUUUUUCGCCAUUUUUUUUUUCUUUUGUGCGGAAGAAAGCAGACUUUUAUUUUGUUAACUUCUGAGAAACAAAGACACUGCCACAUGUUUGGCCUUAGCCACAUCUCAGCGAAGCCGCAGGAAGUGACAAACGCUGGACACCAAACGGCUCAUUUGCAAAUUUGUCUUUUUUUUUUUUUUGUCUUUUUUUUUGUGAUUAAAAGCCUUGGUCAUCAGUGAAUGUUUUUCUAAAUAUAUAUUAAAUUAUUUUAUCAACACAAACACGA